CGAACAGGCCAUGCAAGCACAAAUUCUUGAAAGCGCAGCCCGUCGCCCCUACCGCACCGCCCGCUCCUCAAUGUCUCAAUCCUGAGACCUCUCACCCCACACAUAUCUCUUGUAAGCCUAGCGACACAACAGACAGUUAGCGGAACGAUUGAUCGCAUCGAUUUCUGCUCUCUCUAUCAACAUGUCUCGCAGGAUCGCCACGGAUCGCGACCAGCGGAAUGCUCAACAGCUGCUCGACAAGGUGCGCCGUACUGCAAGCGAUAACGAUCAUUACGAUGUCCUCUAUCAUCAGCCUGAGGGAUGUUCCACACGGGCUGUUCCCGGCCAUGGGUCGCUGAAUCUUGCAGUCGUGCGCAAGAACGUCGAGACAUUGGAAGGUCUGCGGCAGCUCGUCGUUGGUCUCGUGAAGCUCCGAUUACAGGCCGAAUACAUCAAACAUCCAUCCGAUACUCAUAUGCAUAUGUCAUGGUGCCUGCCGCAAGCGCUCCCCGAUCAACCUUUCUGGCGUCUGCUGCUCGAAGAUCCUCUUUCUCUGACUAAGGAAAUGCUCGAAACCCUCAUUCUCCUGCAUGAGUGGAAUGCAGACUCACCGAAAGUCGACCCCAAUAGCGCUGUCAAUCGACUGUACAUCCGUACCCUUGAAGUCCCCGUCGCACUGCUUAAAGGCAUCUUGAACGACAUGUCUGAGCAAGGCUACAACACCUUAGAGCGUGUUCACUACUGGCAGCAGCGCAUCGAAGAAGAGAUGGAUGACGAGACAAUUUUUACGUUGCGAUACUGUGGCCAAACCAAGGACAGCCCUUGGGUGCGACACACUUCAGACAUGUACUCGAGCAUCGAAACCUUCUUCGGCCGUUUCAUGCUUUCACUUGGUCAGUCGGAGGAGGGUAGGAAAGUUCUGCGUGCUAUCAAGGUCCACUCCGUGGCUGGGGCAAUUGAGACGGUCUCGCGAGAGCAAGCCGAUCUUCGCGAGCAAAUUCUCAUCGCUAUGUUCCGAGAUUGCUCACUAAAUACCCAGGCAGGAGGCAAAGACGUGAUCACGCUUUACAACGAGGAUCGCCGCAACUUUGAACUUUUGCAGUCUCAGACGAUUGCACUACUGUACAGCCAGACUCGGUCUUGCACUGCUGCCGAAACCGAGGACAUCCGCAAGUACGCGUCGGAUGUGCGUAGGUAUGUGGACAAGAACCCCAGCACGACCAAGAACAAAGCAUUCAACGAACAUACCGAGGCCAUGAUUCGUGACCAAGGCACACCUUCAAUGUUGCCUAAUGGGUCAGCCGUGAUGGUUACUGUUGCAUCUGACCUUGGCGAGGGCCACGACAGCUCCGAAGACAGCUUCUGGGAGGCAGGUGGACGGUCAGCGGAGGCCGUUGGUUACAUUUACAACCACUUUGCUAGCUGGGAGGGACCUACAGCUCUUGAGUCUGUGGAUCCACAAAAGUUCAAGCAGCUUGCUAGAGACGGUUAUUUGCCUCUUGUCGACCGUUGGCCAUGGUACAGCAAGGAAGACAAGGACUCGGCCAAGGCGUCAGAACUCCUGGGACGGUACAUGAAUGCCGUACGUCCAAUGAUUGUGUUCACCUAUGGUGAGGAGCAACUCUUCGCUGCUCAAUGCAACUUUGGUUUGACUAACGCCCAAACAUUUGCAUCUUGGAAGAAGGCGUGUCGUACUCCUGGUGUAGCUCUUCCCCGUGGCGUGCCCUACUUGGGUCAUUUCGAUGGCAAGGACUCCGACAACAACCCGGAGUCAGCUACCGUUAUCAUUCCGUCUUUCCACCCCGGUUUCUUGAGCCGUGGCGGAAUCGUCAAGGAUAAGGCUACCCGAGUCUUUGUUCUCACGGCUGCGGUAGCCUGGUGUGCGAUGUCGUGUGCAUUGCAGAUUGCUAGCUAGGGUAUGCCUGUCAGCCGCGAGGAGUACGCGAAGCAAAUCAUCGUCCGAAUCAAUCAAUUGGCAGGGCCGACCACUGAGUUUGGCCGCACUCUCAGCCGAGCAAAGCAGGAGUAUGCAGACUG